CACACUGCUCCCCGCCUCACACCUCCCUUCGCAGCGCUUCCCGCCCCUCACUACCGACUAUCGUACCGCCCCUCACACCGCUCCCCGCUCUCACGACCCCGCUCCGCCCCACCGCACCUCUCCGAUCCUCAGAAGGCGCUGCCGCUCGGGUCGGUGCGCGGUUUCCUGCGCGGUUCCGUGGUCCUGCCCUGGCCUGCCCCGCUUGGUUCCCGGCGCUCCCGGUUCCGCCAUGGCGCUGAGGAGGAGAGUCCCGCCGGGCCGGCGCCCUCCCGCAGUUAAAGCUGGAGGUAUGAGAGUGUCUAAAAAGCAAGAAAAUGGACCUCUUGAGAAAAAUGCUAAACUUCCAGGAAAAGAAAAGUCAAGUGCUAUUGUCAGUUUUGGAAAACCUCAGAACAUGGGUGUCUUGGUAGCAGAAGCUCUGAACAAAAUGAGCCACAAAAUCCAUGCAGCAACAUUACAAGUGGCUCACCAAAAGCCACAACCUACCUUGGAGAAGUUCAUACUGCCUAAAAGAAUUUACAUUAUUCAACAGCCACGGAAAUGUUAAGAUAAUAAUUAAAACACGUUUACUUUAAAGUGAAUUUCUGUUCUAUAUAGCACUUAGCACACUGUGGUGAAGUGCUCAAAAGCUGUGUGCCUUGUAUCUUGCUGUGUUUCUGUUACUGACAAUAAAAUAUAAGAAGAGUUACUAAA